AUGGUAUCCACUCGUCCUAUUGUCAAGGUUGCGGCUGUCCAGGCCGCACCUGUUUCCUUUGAUCUGGAAAAGAGUCUGCAGAAGCUGAGUAAGCUUACAGAGGAAGCUGCCCAAGCCGGUGCAGACUUGGUUGUAUUCCCUGAAGGGUUCUUGUCUGCUUAUCCAUGGAGAUACGCGUUUGACGCAACGAUUGGUGCCCGAGAGCCGCGAGGACGCGAGUGGUAUGCCAAGUACGUUGCUUCGGCCGUCGAGGUUCCCUCUCCCGCCUUCGAUAGGCUUUGCGAAACAGCCAAGGCAAACGACGUCCUCCUUCAUGUGGGAAUUAUUGAAAAGGCAGGUGGUACGCUGUACUGCACUGCUUUGCUUCUAGACCGGGAGGGCAAGCUGGUGUAUAAGCAUCGCAAGCUCAUUCCAACGGCUGCUGAGAGACUUGUUUGGGGUCGAGGCGCCGGAGAUGGCCUAUUAGUCAAGCCAACGGAUGUUGGCAGAGUCGGAAGCUUGAUCUGCUGGGAGAAUUAUAUGCCGGCGGCUCGUAUGGCGAUGUACCAGCAAGGCAUCGAGAUUUACGUGGCGCCCCACGCCGAUGAUUUGGCCACCUGGACAGCAUCGAUGCAGCAUAUUGCGAAGGAAGGGCGAUGCUUUGUAGUGUCUGUCAACUCGUUCUGCAAAGUAUCGGACUUCCCGCCUGACUACCCGCCUUUUACGGCCGAACACCCCGAUCGGAGGCCGGACGGAGCACAAUGGGAGGCGGAUGAUAUUCUCAACCACGGUGGCUCAUGCAUCGUCGGGCCGCUGGGCACAUUUCUUGCCGAGCCGGUGUGGGACAAGGAAGAGAUUGUCUAUGCCAGUCUCCGAAUGGCAGACAUCACGGAGUCCAAGCUGGACUUUGACCCCAUCGGCAGCUACUCCCGGCCCGACAUCUUUUCAUUGACGGUCAACACCAAGCCGGCCGACAACGUCGUAUUCACCAGCUGA